AUGGAGUUGAAGUUAUCGUUCUCAUCCGAUAGCCCUCUGCUCUCAGUCAUUGCGGCGGCUAAGAUCGCCGGAAUUUCUCUCUCCUUCAAUCCAACACUCAGUAGUGGCUCUCCUCCUACUUUGCUCCUUGCCGAAGGAUUGGAGCAGGGAAUAAAUGAGCUUCUGCGGUAUCUUGGUGGGAAUGGAACUAUUCUCAAUUUCUACGGCAUUGAUGCCUUCGAAUCUGGUCAGAUUGAUAAAUGGCUAGAGUGUGCCUCAGUUUUUGCAUCUGGUUCCGAAUUUGAGGGAGCAUGUGCCUAUGUGGAUGAAUAUUUGAGGCAGUGUACUUUUUUGGUCGGUCAUAAUUUGUCAAUUGCAGAUAUAGCAAUUUGGUCAAGUCUUGCUGGAACUGGGCAGAGGUGGGAAAGUUUGAGGAAGUCGAAGAAAUACCAAAACCUAGUGCGGUGGUUCAACUCAAUAUUUGUAGAAUAUAAUGAUGCCUUGAGUGAGGUCAUAUCAACAUUUGUUGGGAAAAAGGGCUUGGGAAAGCCAAUGGCAUCCAAAGUAAAAGGAAAAGAGCAACAGGAUUCUAAUCCUCAUUCCAAGCAUGUAAAUGGCAGUGCUAAUGAAAGGGCAAUGUACCAAGGUCAGGUGAUUGUGCGCUUCGACGAUACAAAUCCUGCUAAAGAAAGCAAUGAAUUUGUGGAUAAUAUUCUGAAGGAUAUUCAAACUUUGGGUAUUAAGUAUGAGAAGGUUACAUAUAUGUCGGAUUACUUCCCUAAGUUAAUGGAAAAGGCUGAGGAAUUGAUUUGUGAGGGUAAGGCGUAUGUUGAUGAUACACCGCGUGAUCAAAUGCAGAAAGAAAGGAUGGAUGGAAUUGAAUCAAAGUGUAGGAACAACAGCUCCGAAGAGAACAUGAAAUUGUGGGAGGAAAUGAUUGCUGGAUCUGAAAGGGGUUUACAGUGCUGUCUCCGAGGGAAGCUGGAUAUGCAGGACCCAAACAAGUCACUUAGGGAUCCAGUAUAUUAUCGUUGCAAUCCUAUGCCCCACCAUAGGAUUGGGUCUAAGUAUAAGAUUUAUCCCACUUAUGAUUUUGCAUGUCCAUUCUUUGACGCUGAAGAAGGUAUUACACAUGCACUUCGAUCUAGUGAGUACCAUGAUCGCAAUGCUCAGUAUUUCAGGAUUCAAAAAGAUAUGGGAGCUCGAAAGGUUCUCUUAUAUGAAUUUUGCCGGUUGAAUAUGGUAUAUACACUUCUCAGCAAGCGGAAGCUUCUAUGGUUUGUUCAAAAUGGAAAGGUUGAUGGGUGGGAUGACCCUCGGUUCCCCACAGUGCAAGGAAUUGUGCGCAGGGGCCUGAAAGUCGAGGCCUUGGUACAGUUCAUCCUUGAACAAGGAGCAUCAAAGAAUCUUAAUCUCAUGGAAUGGGACAAACUCUGGACCAUUAACAAGAAGAUUAUCUUUCCUGUGUGUUCCAGACAUACUGCUGUCAUUGAAGAACGGCGUGUUUUGCUGACUUUAACUAAUGGACCUGAGGAUCCAUUUGUUCGGAUCAUACCAAUGCAUAAGAAAUACAAAGAUGCUCGGGAAAAGGCUACUACUUACACAGAGAAUAUGGAUAGAUCAUGCUGA